UUCCAGCUCAGAGCGCACGCGGUGGACAUGAACGGCAACAAGGUGGAGAACCCCAUCGACCUGUACAUCUACGUCAUCGACAUGAACGACAACCGCCCCGAGUUCAUCAACCAGGUCUACAACGGCUCCGUGGACGAGGGCUCCAAGCCAGGCACCUAUGUGAUGACCGUCACGGCCAAUGACGCAGACGACAGCACCACGGCCAACGGGAUGGUACGGUACCGCAUCGUGACCCAGACCCCGCAGAGCCCGUCCCAGAACAUGUUCACCAUCAACAGCGAGACAGGGGACAUUGUGACCGUGGCAGCUGGCCUGGACCGAGAGAAAGUCCAGCAGUACACCGUCAUCGUCCAGGCCACGGACAUGGAGGGGAACCUCAACUAUGGCCUCUCGAACACGGCUACAGCCAUCAUCACGGUGACGGAUGUGAACGACAACCCGCCAGAAUUCACCGCGAGCACGUACGUGGGGGAGGUCCCGGAAAACCAGGUGGAGGUGGUGGUCGCAAACCUCACCGUGAUGGACCGAGAUCAGCCCCACUCGCCCAACUGGAACGCCUUCUACCGGAUCAUCAGCGGGGACCCCUCCGGACACUUCAGCGUCCGCACGGACCCCGUCACCAACGAGGGCAUGGUCACCGUGGUGAAGGCAGUCGACUAUGAGCUGAACAGAGCAUUCAUGCUGACCGUGAUGGUGUCCAACCAGGCGCCCCUGGCCGGCGGGGUCCAGAUGUCCUUCCAGUCCACGGCCGGGGUGACCAUCUCCGUCAUGGACAUCAACGAGGCACCCUACUUCCCCUCGAACCACAAGCUGAUCCGCCUGGAGGAAGGUGUGCCCGCCGGCACGGUGCUGACCACGUUUUCGGCGGCGGACCCUGACCGGUUCAUGCAGCAGGCUGUGCGAUACUCCAAGCUGUCGGACCCAGCGAACUGGCUGCACAUUAACACCACCAACGGUCAGAUCACCACGGCCGCCGUCCUCGACCGCGAGUCCCUGUACAUCAAAAACAACGUGUACGAGGCCACCUUCCUGGCGGCUGACAACGGGAUCCCCCCGGCCAGCGGCACCGGGACCCUCCAGAUCUAUCUCAUUGACAUCAACGACAAUGCCCCGGAGCUGCUGCCCAAGGAGGCACAGAUCUGUGAGAAGCCCAGCCUGAACGCCAUCAACAUCACAGCCGCCGAUGCGGAUGUUGACCCCAACAUCGGCCCCUAUGUCUUCGAGCUGCCUUUUGUCCCAGCCGCCGUGCGGAAAAACUGGACCAUCACCCGAUUAAACGGUGACUAUGCCCAGCUGAGCUUGCGCGUCCUGUACCUGGAGGCUGGCGUGUACGAUGUCCCCAUCAUCGUCACCGACUCUGGAAACCCCCCGCUGUCCAACACGUCCAUCAUCAAGGUCAAGGUGUGCCCGUGCGACGAGAACGGGGACUGCACCACCAUCGGCGCCGUGGCCGCGGCGGGUCUGGGCACCAGCGCCAUCGUGGCCAUCCUCAUCUGCAUCGUCAUCCUGCUCACCAUGGUCCUGCUGUUCGUCGUGUGGAUGAAGCGCAGGGAGAAGGAACGUCACACCAAGCAGCUGCUCAUCGACCCCGAGGACGACGUCCGCGACAACAUCCUCAAGUACGACGAGGAAGGGGGCGGCGAGGAGGACCAGGACUAUGACCUCAGCCAACUACAGCAGCCGGAGGCCAUGGAGCACGUGCUGAGCAAGGCGCCCGGCGUGCGGCGUGUGGAUGAGCGGCCCGUGGGCGCCGAGCCCCAGUACCCCGUCAGGCCUGUGGUGCCCCACCCCGGGGACAUCGGAGACUUCAUCAACGAGGGUCUCCGAGCCGCGGACAAUGACCCCACAGCACCCCCCUACGACUCCCUGCUGGUCUUCGACUAUGAAGGGAGCGGCUCUACGGCGGGCUCUGUCAGCUCCCUGAACUCGUCCAGCUCCGGGGACCAAGACUACGACUACCUGAACCAGUGGGGGCCCAGGUUCAAGAAGCUGGCGGACAUGUACGGGGGCGGCGAGGACGACUGACCUGCGGAGCGGCCCGCGGGGGGCGCCGGGCUUCCCGACUCCCCGCGGACGUGUCCUUUAGUGGUGUGUUAGGGGGUCCCUCCCCGCCCCAGCCCCCCCAACAGUGAGCUGUCUGGCAUGAACGCGUCUCGCCCCGCGGCGCGCCGCCCACCACAGUAACUGACCGGCACCGAAGGACAGCGAGAGGCACUGUCUUAACUUGAAUUUCUUAGAACAGAAGCACUGUUUUUAAAAAAAAAAAAAAAAAAAAGAAAGUGCCUUUUGGUACAUGUAUCAGAUUCCCUCAAACUCAGGAGUGACGAGAAGUGAGCAGACAGACACGUGCGUCCCCGACCCAGUCCGGAGAGCCCCUAGCCUCAGCCAGUCCUAGCUCUGAAGACACCAAUUAAGAAAUCGGGGAAAACAUGCUUUUUUUUUUUUAAUUAAGAAAAAAGGGGGUGAUUUGCUUAACUAAAUUUACAAAGAAAACGGGGUCCAAAUCCCAGUAGGCCUUCUGCGUCCGCGAGCUCACUGUACACAGUCAGGGUCUCCUGGGCCCGCGGCCCCAAGGCUGGAGGGAGGCCAGAGGCCCCGCUGCAGGAGGCUCCCCGGGGGUGAGCCCAGUCGGCCUACCAAGGGCAGCACAGUGCGCACGUGGCUUUCACCAAGUUUUUGGCUGUCCCCCAACUCCUGACGUGUAGGUAGCUGGGGUGGGAGGGGCAGUGCCCAGGGGCUUUCCUGAUGUUCACCAUCUCUGCCCUUGGCUGUCCCCCGGGCCCCCCUGGUCAACCAUUAGGCCUCCCCUGGAGACAAAUGUCACCCCAGAUGCCACACUGGUCCUGCUGCCUUUGGUCCAGAAGAGUACCGUGUCCCAAGAAGCCACAGCCCAAACCAGCCAGCAUCCUCAAACACCCUGACGUGAGCCCUCCAACUCCUCAAGGUCAGACUCCUGGAGGCCCCCAUCAAAGGCCCAGUGGCCCUGAGGGCUCCGCGGAUGGCAGGAGAGCCGGGAACACGCACCGCCAUC